AUUGCGUCACAAGUCGGCGACUGAGCCUUGGCGGUGGUGGCGGAGGCGGCAAAGGCGGCAGUGGCGGCGAAAGCUCUGGGGUUUGCGUCUCGGGGUGUAUCGGCCGCCGCUGCUGCUGGGGCCUGGUAUGUACAAAUGGCUGGUUAGAAUUCUCGGCACCAUUUUCCGUUUUUGUGACCGGCCGGUGCCCCCUGCCCGGGCCCUCCUGAAGAGGCGGCGCUCGAACAGCAGUCUGUUUUCCACAGUGGACACUGAUGAAAUACCAGCCAAAAGACCGAGAUUAGAUUGCUUUAUUCACCAAGUGAAAAACAGUCUCUACAAUGCUGCCAGCUUAUUUGGAUUCCCAUUCCAGCUGACCACGAAGGCCAGGGUAACUUCAGCUUGUAAUGGAACCCGGGAUGUGGCUCCUUCAGGAGAGGUAUUUCCCAACUCUUCGUCUUGUGGACUGACAGGUUCUGGAUCCUGGAACAACAUGCUGAAACUGGGUAGUAAGUCUCCUGAUGGGAUAAGCGACUAUCCGAAGAUCCGAGUGACAGUAACCCGAGACCAGCCACGCAGAGUCCUGCCCUCCUUUGGUUUCACUUUGAACUCAGAAGGCUGUAAUAGAAGACCAGGUGGGCGUCGCUAUAGCAGAGGCAAUCCAGAGGGUCCCUUACCGUGGAAAGUUCAGGAGCAGGCUACAACAGAGAUGGUUUCUGAAGAGGGUGGCAAGGGUCUUAGGCGUCCCCAUUGUACUGUGGAAGAGGGUGUUCAAAAAGAGGAAAGAGAGAAGUACCGAAGAUUAUUGGAACGACUUAAAGAGGGUGGUCAUGGAAACCCUGUCCUUCCUGCAACUUCAAACCCUCACAGUUCUCAAAGAAGUCAUACGGACACGUUAAAGACCAGAGGCUGGGGGGAAGAACAGAAUCAUGGAGUCAAAACAACUCAUUUUGUUCCAAAACAGUAUCGAGUUGUUGAAACAAGGGGACCUCUCUGUUCAGUGAAAAGUGAAAAGAGAUGUUCAAAGGGAAGAAUUUCUGAGACUGAGAAAACAGUCGGAAUCAGAGUUGAAAAUGAGGGUAGGAGGGGACAUCAGCUGGAGCCUGACCUGUCUGAAGAAGUGUCAGCCCGACUCCGCCUGGGAAGUGGAAGCAAUGGCUUAUUCAGGAGGAAGAUGUUGGUGCUUGAGACGAAAGAAAAGAACUGCUCAGGCAGAGAGAGAGACAGAAGGGCAGACGAUCUUCUUGAACUUACAGAGGACAUGGAAAAAGAAAUCAGUCAUGCCCUAGGCCACGGCUCACAGGAUGAGAUCCUUAGUAGUGCUUUCAAAUUGCGAAUUACUCGUGGUGACAUCCAGACCUUGAAGAACUAUCACUGGCUCAAUGACGAAGUCAUUAAUUUUUACAUGAAUCUUCUGGUGGAAAGAAAUAAAAAGCAAGGCUAUCCAGCACUCCACGCCUUUAGUACUUUCUUCUAUCCUAAAUUGAGGUCCGGGGGUUACCAGGCUGUGAAAAGGUGGACCAAAGGGGUAAAUCUUUUUGAACAGGAACUUAUUCUGGUGCCUAUCCAUCGGAAGGUGCACUGGAGUCUGGUGGUGAUAGACCUAAGGAAAAAGUGUCUUAAAUAUCUGGAUUCUAUGGGACAAAAGGGCCACCGGAUCUGUGAGAUUCUCCUUCAGUAUUUACAGGAUGAAAGUAAGACCAAAAGAAAUAUUGACCUGAAUCUUUUAGAAUGGACCCACUACAGCAUGAAGCCACACGAGAUUCCUCAGCAGCUGAAUGGGAGUGAUUGUGGAAUGUUUACUUGUAAAUAUGCAGAUUAUAUCUCUAGAGACAAACCUAUCACAUUUACUCAGCACCAGAUGCCUCUCUUCCGGAAGAAGAUGGUGUGGGAAAUCCUUCAUCAGCAGUUGCUGUGAGAGCACCCGCCCAUCCCGGUAGCUGCUGGUGGUUCUCUCCCGGAUGGCUCCAUAUACCUCAUGCAUCGUGGGUUAAAAAGUCCCCGCGUCGCUUCUGUUCUCCUCCAGGUACUGAGCUGUCAAAAGUGCACCAAGACCUCUGACUGCACCCUGGCCCUGACUUGGUGUGCGGAGAGCUGCUUGCAGCUGUUUUUGAGGGCUGUGCCUGUGUAGAGGCCUGGACUCUUCCACCCACCCAAGAACAAACGCUAACCCAUCCUUUUUUUUUUCUUUGGAAAGAUUUUUUUCCCCCAUGAAUGUGGGAAUGCAGGUUUUAUUCUGAUUGUGUUUUCCUGUGUGUGCUCAUGUGUAUUCACCUGCUCGUGCGUCUGCAAACAGAAUGGGCAGCGGCGUUUUCCCUGCUGUUUUACUGAUAACUAACUCUAAGUUACUUGUGAACUAUUUAUUUCUGAAAGGAAAGUUAAUCAAGCUGCCGCUCCCUGCUGAACAUCAACAGGGUGGUCCGUUGAGGGGGAAGGAGGAGGUGUUAAUUCACUUCUCUGAGGCCGGAGCAGCGAAUGCCAACUUGAAGCUGGAGAUCGCUUUUUUUUUUGAGGCCUAAGAAUGCUGGGAGAAGGGCUGUGGCAUCAGGAUCUGGUUGCCUCUCAGAGGAGGCCUGACACUACAGCAUUGGCACGGUGCUGUGGAAAACUGAAACUGUGGCCAAGGAGCUCUGGCUAUCCGGGCGUCUUCAGAAGAGUGUCACGGUCAUCCUAGAGAGACUUCCCUCUUUGGAAAUGAGGUGACUUGGCUUUCUCUCGAAACUGGACUAGAAGUAACUAUAAACCCCAAAUCUUCAUUCUCACCCCGGAUCUGGUCGAACAUAAACCUCAGAAUUGUAAGGGCUGGCCUGAGCUGUGGAUUUCCAAAAAUACUAUUCAAUCUAAAGCUAUUUUUCUUCAGAGUUUUUUUUUUUUUUUUUUUUCUAUAUAAAGCCAGAAUCAAGUUUUGUACUCAUUGGAAUUAACAUUCCUCCCCCUGCCCCGCCCCCACUGAAAUUUGUGGAAAAAAAUUAAUCCUUGGCUCUGAGGUUGCCAGUUACACAGUAAUCUAUUUUGCAUAUGAAAGUUUGUAUUUAACAUUUUUGUUCAUUAAGAACCUUACAGAUGUGGUUAUGGAUUUUGAAUUUCAGAAAGUUUUAGAGUUGGUCAGAACAGCUUUUGCAAGAUCUAGUGCCUAGUAUUGCUUUUUCGAUGUAAUAAAAGGUUGUCUGACAGAACCUGAGAAGUAUAUGCCGAAAUAAUUUCUAACCCUUUCCCCACUUCAACCUCCCACACUUAUUUUGGAGCAUAAAAGCAAGAGGUGGAACCGGAAAUGGCUGGCCCGUGUUAGUGACAUGCCUGCCAUUGGAGGGCCCAGGCUACUGGUUGCCGAGGCCUACUGGUGCUAGUACUGCAAGCAGUUUUCCUGAGAUUCGCGGAAGCCUUGGUGCAGGACCGGGGCCUGUGACACGGAUUGACAGUGCUGUAUGUCCACUUGAUAGCCAGACACAGGCCACGUGAUGAGGUGAUGACUAGAGUGAGCUGGCGGUGCUGACUCUCCAGCUGAGGCUGCACAGAGACACCUUCCUGCUGCCCCUGGUCCUUGCCCCAGGGCUCUCGAGCUGUGCCAGUGAGUGUUGGGGGCAGGAAAAUGGCAGCCAAAAGAGGCCAGAGAUUCACUGGGCCUCAGGAUACUCAAACCUGGCUCCCACCUGACACCAGUGUGUCCCACCUGAGCAUUUAAUACCUUGAUUCGGAUUCGAUCCCUGUUGGUGAAUCCUGUCAGGGAUGGUGGUUUGUAUUCAAAUGAAGGAGAUGCUGGGGGUCCUUUAGUAUUUGAGGGGCUUCUUGGGAGCAGCUUGCACCGAGCUUUCCAUUCAUGUGCACUUGUCAGGGGGCCCACAUUCUACCUUGGGUUCCCUAAGACUGUUAGAACCUCAGACCUUUUCCUCCUCCUACACCCUAAGCACAAUUUGGGGGACCCCAUGCGGAAGGGCGGAUAUUUGCCUGCACUGUGAGGAGUCUCUUGGUGCUGGGACUGAGGCAGGGGUGCAGGGAGAAUGUGUCUUGGAGAUACAUUGAACCUCAGAAUAUAAAUAAAUGGGCAAUGUAGAGAAAAUGAAGUUUACAGUAAUUUUAGUACCGUAGUCAGACUACAUUGUUUCAGUUGGCUUUUGUGAACUUAUUGGGAACCUAAUCUCUUUAUAACCGUUUCUUUGAGGAAAAACCCCAAACAUCUGAUAGCCAAUCUUUUAGUAUUUAACUCAUUGGUAAGUUGACGGUCAGUCUAGCUAUUGCUUAUAUAUAUAUAUAUAUAUAUAUAUAUAUAUAUAUAUAUAUAUAUAUUUUAAUUGAUCUAAUAUAUACAAGGAAGGUAUUUGGGCGUAUUGGAACAGGUGUUGAUUUAUCUGUUUACCAAUAAAUUCAUCGCUUUGGUUCAGUGGCUUUCAAGUUUCUUUUAUUACAACUCCACAGUAAUGAAUAUAUUUUGUUGUGACCAGUGCACACAUAUCUAUGUGAAUAUACAAAACAGUACUCGUUCCUUAUCCUUGCUAACUUUACUUCAGUUUUUUUUAAUGAUUUUUAUUGUGCUUUAAGCGAAAGCUUACAAAUCAAGUCAGUCUCUCACACAAAAACCCAUAUACACUUUGCUACACACUCCCAACUACUCUCCCCCUAAUGAGACAGCCCGCUCUCUCCCUUCACUCUCUCUUUUCAUGUCCUUUUCGCCAGCUUCUAACCCCCUCCACCCUCUCAUCUCCCCUCCAGGCAGGAGAUGCCAACAUAGUCUCAAGUGUCCACCUGAUCCAAGAAGCUCACUCCUCACCACCAUCCCUCUCCAACCCAUUGUCCAGUCUAAUCCAUGUCUGAAGAGUUGGCUUCGGGAAUGGUUCCUGUCCUGGGCCAACAGAAGGUCUGGAGGCCAUGACCACUGGGGUCCUUCUAGUCUCAGUCAGACCAUUAAGUCUGGUCUUCUGAGAAUUUGGGAUCUGCAUCCCACUGCUCACCUGCUCCCUCAGGGGUUCUCUGUUGUGUUCCCUGUCAGGGCAGUGAUCGGUUGUAGCCGGGCACCAUGUAGUUCUUCUGUGUUUUUUUUGUUUUUUUUUUAAUACGAGUUGUGACCACUCGAGUUGAUUUCCCAACUCACCAGUGAAUAGAAAUUACACUGCUCUAAAUGACCUGACAGCAAGAUGCAAGUUAGGUUUAAAAUGGUAAAGCUUGAGACCACAAAAAUAGGAUAAACAUGAAGCUGUUUUGAGACAGAUCAAUCUAGAUCUUGGGGGAAGACAGGCCAGAAGCGUUCAGACCUUCAGUGGAAAUGUGUGGCGUAAACAGUCAUUGUCCUUCAGUUUCUACAUGGGCAUUUCCCAAAACACAUUUAGAAGUCCUGUUGCUUCUCCACAGGAAUUGAAACACAAGGGCUCUGUGGCCAACUGAGUAUGCUCUACCAAGUCCUUUCCUUCUGGGAUGCCUGUCAGACAUUCUGGGACGUUUACACUAGAAAUCUGUCCUAUCCUAGCAUUUCCCAAAACAUGGACUUGAGCCCUUUUCUUGGCAUCUCUAUUAACAUCCAGUGGAACUAUUCUUUGGAAUACUCUUAGGAAAGUGCCAGGAGAAGCAAUAGAGAGUUCUUGGCAGCAUAUAUUUUGAAUGUACACCAGAGAGGCCUUGCAGCACCCCAUUCCCCCCACUACCUUCCGUGAGGGCGUAUGGUGACCGUGAAGUCCGUGGUCUGAAGUACUACCCUCUGCCCUCCUACAGUUUUCUUUAUUACAUCAGCAGUCCGUGUUCAUGGUGGAAAUUUAAGAAAAUACUGAUCAAAAGGUAAGAAUUAUGCAAUCCACCACCCAGAAUUAAUAACUGUUGACAGUAUGUAUGUAGUUACAUAGCCCUUUUCCACUUAAUUUAUCUUGAACAUCUUCUCAUGUCAGUAAACGUCAACGUCAUUUUAACGACUGUGUUGUCUUCCACUGUAUGUCUGACGUUCACUCGGUGCUCCAGUCUUGUUGGCUUCUGGACAUCCUGUUUUUCACUUUAUGCCCAGUGAACAUCCAGGUACAUACCAUCAUUGACAUUAUUUCCUUAGGAGAAAUUCUUAGAAUUAAAAUUCCUGGGUUAAAAGUUAUAUAUAGUAAAACAAAACAAAGAAGAAUCAGGAAAUCCACUGAUGGGCGCUUUGACGUCUGUUUCUCCUAGCAGGGGAUAAUGAUUUGUGUCUCUGUUUACAUACAUUUUAUAAUAAUUUUCAUGUAUAGCUCAUUCUGAGAGAUUGUUAUUUUUGCUUUGACUGCAAAUGAGUUUAUUUUAAACUAGUUGUUGCUGGCAUAUAAGAAAGUUAACUCAUUUUUAUAUACAGGCAUCCUUUCUGGAUUACCAUUUGAUUCCUAAACUCAGAUAGAUUAGAGAGCAAGAAUUUUGUAAUUGACAAAUUCACUGAACUCUUAUUGGUUUUGAAAUUUUGAGAAAAUUUUUAGUUGAUUUUUUUAGGAUUUUGAGGUAGGUAACAAUAUCUAUAGUUUAUUUCUUCCUUUUAGAUAGUUCUCAUUUCUUCUUUGAUUUCUUAUCUCUCACAACAACCUUCUAAAGUAAGCAUUAUUCUUCCUGGCUGAGGAAACAAACUUGGGCUAAGGAGCCAAAGUCCACACUUGGACAUUUUACAGGAACAGGAAUGGCAGUCAGAUGGCACCAGAUGCCCCUUCAUCUCCAGGAGGGCUACGUUUGUGUUCUGCGCUGAUAGAGGGAUGUGACUGAGGGUUUAACUAACUGUCCAAUACAUUCUACUUGGACGUGGCUAACAGUUAUUUUGCUAGUUUAUUUAGGAUCUUUAAAUUUUUACUCAUCAGUGAGAUUGGACUAUGUCACAGGGGCACUUCUGUCAAGUUUUGGAAUCAGGGUUAUGCUUUGGUAAAAAAAAUAACGGGGAAGUGUCUCAUCUUUUUAAUGCUCUGUAAUAUUUCAGUGGCGUUGGACUUUUGCCAGGACAUGCUUCAACCCCUGCCUGUCCUCUCCUGAGACAUGGGCCAGAGCCAUUUCUAAUUUUUCUUUUGAUUAUUGGACAAUUUAGCCGUUUUUUUUUUCCCCUCAAGUUUUGUUAAUGUGCUUUUUUCAAAAACAAAAUCAUCUUUUUCAUCCCAAUUUUCAGCUCUCUUACCGUGUUUUUUUUUAAUAGGGGCUUUAUUGAGAGACGAUUCACAUAACAUACAAUUCACCUUUUUACAAAUGUACAAUUCAGUGCUUUUUAGUCUAUUCAGUGAGUUGUGCAACCAUUGCCACAAGGAAUUUCAGAACAGUUUUAGUCACCCAAAAAAGAAACCCUGUACCCAUUAUCAAUCACCC